AGGGGAGGGCCUGUUUGGAAGAAAUGUUGGUUUUCGGAUAUUUUAUCAAGAAAUGGUAAAUACGAAAGGCUGGGUUCUGUAACAGUUCCAACCCUGUAAGCGGUUCCAACUUCCGGUAGAUUUGUUGUAGAGAGAAAAAACUAGAGAGAGAGGAAAAGAGAAGAAGACGAAGAAGAUGGGGGAGAAGUCUGAAGUUCUGGAGGCGGUGUUGAAGGAAACUGUGGAUUUGGAAAACAUACCCAUUGAAGAGGUUUUUGAGAAUCUGAGAUGUAGCAGAGAAGGCCUCUCCACUGAGGCUGCCCAGCAGAGGUUAGAGCUUUUUGGGCAGAACAAGCUUGAAGAGAAGAAGGAGAGUAAGUUCUUGAAAUUUCUGGGAUUUAUGUGGAACCCCUUGUCAUGGGUUAUGGAAGCUGCUGCUAUCAUGGCUAUUGCUCUUGCCAAUGGCGGAGGGAAGCCUCCGGAUUGGCAAGAUUUUGUGGGUAUUAUCACUUUGCUUUUCAUUAUCACAAUUAGCUUUAUUGAAGAAAACAACGCGGGAAAUGCGGCUGCUGCUCUCAUGGCUCGUCUCGCUCCCAAAGCCAAGGUUCUUCGAGAUGGGAGGUGGAAUGAGGAAGACGCUGCUGUUUUGGUGCCUGGAGACAUAAUUAGUAUUAAGCUUGGAGAUAUAAUUCCAGCAGACGCUCGUCUUCUCGAGGGUGAUCCUUUGAAAAUUGACCAGUCUGCUUUGACGGGUGAGUCUCUUCCUGUGACGAAAGGCCCUGGGGAUGGUGUUUACUCUGGCUCUACCUGCAAGCAAGGAGAAAUUGAAGCUGUGGUUAUCGCCACAGGGGUUCACACCUUCUUUGGCAAGGCUGCUCACCUUGUUGAUACUACUAACCAAGUGGGCCACUUUCAGAAGGUCUUGACAGCAAUUGGGAAUUUUUGUAUUUGUUCCAUUGCCGUGGGGAUGAUAGUAGAGGUCAUUGUGAUGUAUCCCAUUCAAGAUAGGCCCUACCGCCCUGGGAUUGACAAUCUUCUUGUGCUUCUCAUUGGAGGUAUUCCCAUUGCUAUGCCAACGGUUCUAUCCGUAACAAUGGCCAUAGGUUCUCAUCGCUUAGCCCAGCAGGGAGCUAUUACAAAGAGAAUGACAGCAAUAGAAGAGAUGGCAGGGAUGGAUGUUCUUUGUAGUGACAAAACUGGAACUCUGACGUUGAACAAGCUUACCGUUGACAAGAAUCUUAUUGAGGUUUUUGCCAAAGGAGUUGAUGUGGAUGCUGUAGUUUUGAUGGCUGCUCGAGCCUCGCGAGUAGAAAACCAGGAUGCAAUUGAUGCUGCUAUAGUUGGGAUGUUGGCUGAUCCAAAGGAGGCACGAUCUUAUAUUCAAGAGGUGCAUUUCCUGCCCUUCAAUCCUACUGAUAAGCGAACAGCAUUAACCUACAUUGACAGUGAUGGUAAAAUGCAUAGAGCCAGCAAAGGUGCACCAGAGCAGAUCCUAAAUCUUGCACACAACAAGUCAGACAUAGAGCGCAGGGUUCACGCAGUGAUUGACAAGUUUGCAGAGAGAGGUUUGCGAUCACUUGCUGUAGCAUAUCAGGAAGUUCCAGAGGGAAGGAAAGAGAGUGCAGGGGGCCCCUGGCAAUUUAUUGGUCUCCUGCCUCUCUUUGAUCCACCCAGGCAUGACAGUGCAGAGACAAUAAGGAGGGCUUUAAAUCUUGGAGUAAAUGUUAAAAUGAUUACAGGUGAUCAACUGGCAAUAGCAAAGGAAACUGGACGUCGCCUGGGAAUGGGAACAAACAUGUAUCCUUCUUCUGCUUUGCUGGGACAGAACAAAGAUGAGUCAAUUGCUGCUUUACCAAUAGAUGAGCUUAUUGAGAAAGCUGAUGGUUUCGCUGGUGUCUUUCCUGAACACAAAUAUGAGAUAGUAAAGCGCUUGCAAGCUAGGAAACACAUCUGUGGGAUGACUGGCGAUGGAGUUAAUGAUGCCCCUGCUCUUAAGAAGGCUGACAUUGGCAUUGCGGUUGCUGAUGCAACUGAUGCAGCUCGCAGUGCUUCUGACAUUGUUCUUACGGAACCUGGCCUCAGUGUUAUUAUUAGUGCUGUCUUGACAAGUCGAGCCAUUUUCCAGAGGAUGAAAAAUUACACGAUUUAUGCUGUUUCUAUUACAAUCCGUAUUGUGCUUGGUUUUAUGUUGCUGGCCCUCAUUUGGAAGUUUGACUUCCCACCGUUUAUGGUUCUUAUCAUUGCAAUUCUCAAUGAUGGUACCAUUAUGACAAUAUCAAAGGAUAGGGUGAAACCAUCUCCACUGCCAGACAGCUGGAAGCUGGCUGAGAUUUUCGCGACAGGCGUUGUUCUUGGUGGCUAUUUGGCAGUGAUGACAGUCAUAUUCUUUUGGGCAGCAUAUAAAACCGACUUCUUUCCGAGGAUAUUUGGGGUACCAACGCUUGAGAAAACAGCUCAUGAUGACUAUAGAAAGCUUGCUUCAGCUGUAUACCUUCAAGUGAGCAUAAUUAGUCAGGCCCUCAUAUUUGUUACACGAUCUCGAAGUUGGUCCUUUGUCGAGCGUCCUGGCUUGUUGCUUGUUGCAGCUUUUAUCAUUGCUCAAUUAAUUGCUACUCUAAUUGCUGUCUAUGCAAAUUGGAGCUUUGCUGCAAUUGAAGGAAUUGGGUGGGGUUGGGCUGGCGUGAUUUGGCUUUACAAUAUUGUCUUCUACAUCCCCCUUGAUUUCAUUAAGUUCUUUAUCCGCUAUGCUCACAGUGGGAGGGCCUGGGAUCUUGUUCUUGAGCAAAGGAUUGCCUUCACAAGGCAAAAAGAUUUCGGGAAGGAACAACGUGAGCUUAAGUGGGCACAUGCUCAAAGAACCCUUCAUGGCUUACAAGUACCAGACACCAAAAUGUUCGGUGACCGGAACAAUUUCACUGAGCUUAACCAGAUGGCCGAGGAAGCAAAAAGGAGAGCUGAGAUCGCAAGGUUGAGAGAACUACACACUCUCAAAGGCCAUGUAGAAUCUGUUGUGAGAUUGAAAGGUCUUGACAUAGACACAAUUCAACAAGCAUACACAGUCUGAGGAGAUAACCAGAUUCAAAUUACUGGUUGCUUAGAGUUAAAAACAUAUAAUGAGCAUGAAGUUGUGAGUUAUCCAUGCUGCCACUAUGGCCCUUGUUCAUUUUUGGUAUUUUGUCGUGUCUUGACAAACAUGACCAUGGCCCUGGAAUUUUCAGACUGGGAAGUUCUUCUUAUGCUAUAAUUUUAAAUGUCUAUAUCAGCAAUAUUUUCUGUCGGUUCC